UUUGAAAUAAUCGCACUCAAAAUUAAGGCAGUUAGAUAGGGACAUUGAGCAUAACAAAUAUCUUGACAUAUAAAGCACUCUAAAACAGGUUUCAGCCGCAGUCAAAUCCUGGAACGUUCUUAUACAAGAAUAUAAGAUGACUUUGUAUUGGUGUAAACUAGCCUUUUUGGCUAUGAUGUUCACCGUUGUCGCAUCUCAAGGACCCACAGUCUACGAGUACUUUGCAAAUACAGCCAAUCUCACCGGUUUGGUUGCAGAAAACAGGGAAUUCACGCUCAAUGGACGACAAAUUCGAAUUAUUAGUGGAGCCAUACACUACUUCCGUAUUCAUCCUGCACUUUGGAGAGACCGUCUUCGGAAACUACGAGCGAUUGGAGCGAACUGCGUUGAAACCUAUGUGCCUUGGAACCUUCAUGAACCCCGAAGAGGAGAAUUUGACUUUGGAAAUGGGACUAACGAUUUCUCCGAGUUUCUCAACGUGCGCCGUUACAUCGAAAUGGCAAAAGAGGAAGACUUGUUGGUCCUGUUUAGGCCUGGACCCUACAUAUGUUCUGAGUGGGACUACGGUGGGCUUCCAAGUUGGCUUCAAACUGAUCCAAACAUGAGAGUACGCGAAAAUUACGAGCCCUAUUUAGACAGGGUCAAAAUAUUUUUGGACGCUCUGCUUCCACAAGUAGCAGAUCUAGAAUUUACACGCGGUGGAGCCAUCAUUGGUGUUCAGAUAGAAAAUGAGUACAAUUCUUUCAAUCCAAAAAGCAAGGAAUAUCUGGAAUUUAUUAGACAAUCGUUCUUGGAGAAUGGGCUGGAAAGUUUGUUUUUUACGUCUGACAAUAGUUUCGGGGGUGAUGGCAUGGGUGGAACUCUGGACGGAAUUCUUCAAACUGCAAAUUUCCAAUCAAACCCAGACUCUAUUUUAAGUCGACUCCUAGAGGUUCAGCCUGAUAAACCUUUGAUGGCGAUGGAAUUUUGGAGUGGAUGGUUUAAUCAUUGGUUUGAUGAUUCUAAAGCUGGUUCUGAUCCCCAACAAUUUCAAGGGGUACUGGAGACAAUGUUCCGCACUUACAAUAGUUCUGUCAAUUUUUAUAUGUUCCAUGGGGGGACAAACUUUGGCUUUAUGGCAGGAGCGAAUAAUAUUGGAGAGCCACCAUACAUCUUAUCCGAUAUCACCAGCUAUGAUUACGACGCUCUUAUUUCUGAAGCUGGCGAUUACACUACGAAAUAUGAGUUUGCUGCUGUGCUCAUUAAUCAAUACGAAAGUCCAAAACUGGGACGCCCUCAAAGACCUUUAGAGAGUCAGAAAACCGCAUAUCCUACACUUGGACUACAGAGAUACUUGACGUACACUGACAUAAUUGAUAGAGUUCCGGCUAGUCACAUGGUUACGAUGGACAAACCUGUGUCAAUGGAGCUGUUGCCCAUUAAUGACGGAAAUGGACAAAGUUAUGGCUAUAUUGUUUAUCGCAAAAAUUCGACAAUCAACGCAGGAGACCGCUACAAGGCAUCGUGGCCAAGGGAUUUUGCUAUACUUUUAACAGAUGGUGACCUGAUUGACACUGGCUUUACGAAUGAUCAGCCAGAGUACUGGUUGAAUAGCAUCAAGGAGUUCUCCUUAAACGUUACCAACAAUGGAGAACAUAUCGUGGAUCUUAUGGUUGAGAAUAUUGCCAGGACCAAUUUUGGCGGACGUGGAGAUUUUGUUCAGCAGAAAGGAAUUGCUGAAAUUCAUCAGUCUAAAAUUGAAAUCAAUGAUCAAGAAAUCCAGGGAGUAGAAAUGAUUGCUCUUGAAUUUAAAAAUGAUUGGGUUAAAGGGCUUCAAAACUGGAGAAAUAGUUCGGAAGGACCUGGAAUGAGAGCACCAUGUUUAAUUCAAUCUACCUUGACAAUAACAGGCGAACCUGCCGACACUUUUCUGGACAUGACAAAUUGGCACAAAGGAAUCGUUUUUGUGAACGGAUUCAACAUUGGACGCUACUUUAAAGUUGGACCACAACAAACUCUGUACAUUCCUUCUCCUUUACUGAACACGGGAGACAAUGCUAUAACUAUUUUUGAACAACUGGAACUGGCCUCAGAAAUCCGUUUCACUAAUGUUCCCAAUCUAGGAAGAACUGGAAAAGUUGCGUAAAAAGAUGAGCCGUAAAAUAAUAAUUCAUUGUCGCCAUAUUUCCUCCACUAAAAAUCUUGUAAGUUUCUCUGAAAGAAUAAUAAUAAAAAGUGUAAUUGGAAACAUCUCAUAUCAAGCAA